CACUCGUUCCCAGCUCCACUACCACCUCCCAACACCCUCUCGCCGUCGACAUAUUCCUCAAAGCUGCAGUUCCGGCCUCGUGCUUGUUCAUUCUCCCCCAACUUCUCCUCCCUUCCCGGUUCUCUGCCCCGUGCAUUUGAACUCCGAGCCUACCCUUCUCUUCCGUCCUCCGCAGGUCACCCAUAGCACUAAGAAAGCUGCAUGCCUGCGAGCCGGCGACAACAGCGGUGAUGGUUCGCAAAUUCCUCGAGCGCACGCUGCGCGGGACGAACCUGGAAAUCUUCAAGUUUGGCCUCUACCUCUCCUUCCCCAUCGGGUACAUGUACUACUUCGGGACGAACCUGGAGAACCGCUUCGCCGUGCCGGGCUUCUGGCCCACCGCGGAGCAGUCGCACAAGAUCCCCUACGACAAGGAGGAGAUCCGGGCCGAGAUCGAGCGCCACCAGCGCCUCAUGCGCGAGCAGCGCGACAGGCAGCGGAGCGAGGCGCUGGAGCAGGCCAAGGCGGCGUUCGCGGGACAGAGGCGGGCGCGGAGCGACGAGGGUGAGGGCGAAGGAGCGGACGGCGAGCAGAAAGAGACGGUCUGAAAAGAGCAGCGACAAAUCAGGUUUCGGCUGGAUCUGUAUUUGCAUGGUAUCUGGGAUCUGUGGUUGCAUGGCGAUGGCGCAACGGGGAGGAUAUGUUCUAGGGACAUUGUGGGACAUGCAUUGGAGCAUCUGUGCAAAUACAAAAUGGAAAAAAACAUGGCGUCAUUGAACACCCCGGAGCGAAAGACCAUAUUGUCCAUUUUUACCAUCUCGGGCUGGUACAUUAUAAAGUGGCUAAAAGCAUAUUGACAAGCGGGCAGGUGAGGAUUAUGGCGACCCGGGAGCAGUGGUGGAACAACUGUACAGCAAGGUGUGGCGGUUGAUUGUUGGAGUCUGUGUCAAUACAGGGGAAACAGUCCACUCAAUCCAAAACGCGCUCCACAACAAGUUCGUUCCUCCGAAAUCCAGCGACCUUGUGAUUGAAUAUCUGAAGCAAGCAGCGCGGGCGCCGUGUCAAGAUAGAUUCUCAGUUGUGACCAUAUCCAGCAGCAGUACACCGCGUACAUUAAAAAUUUCCUCACCC